AUGGUUUGGUCUACUAAUACUGCAAGUGAAGGAGUUACUGCCAUGGAGUUACAGGACUUGGGCAAUUUAGUUUUACUUGGUAAUGAUGCUGUGGCAAUUUGGCAAAGUUUUAGCCAUCCCACUAACACCCUUUUGCCAACUCAAGUUUUUUUUUUUCCUAACAAAAUGAGGCUUGUAAGUAAUCCCAACAACAAUUACUUGAGUUUUUACCUUGAAUUGAAAUCUGGAGAUGCAGUUCUUUAUCGAGGAUUCCAAAAUCCACAACCUUAUUGGUCUCUGGCUAAUGAUGUGAAGAAAAUCAUUCACAAUACUGGGGAAGUCAUUUCAUUUUCCAUUACUUACAAUUCGUGGGUUUUCUUUGAUCAAAGUCAAACUGUUGUCUGCAAAAUAAUCUUUGCUUACAGUUCUAGUGCAAUUUUUACCCAGGCUGCUGUUUUAGGAACUGAUGGUGGAGGGACAAGAGGCACUAAAUUUUGCCAAUGCCUUCCAGUUCUUAGCACAUAUGCAAACUGCGAUCAUGGAAUUCUCUCUCCUUGCAAUAGCUUGAAGAGUUCUGUAGAGCUUGUGAAUGCUGGAGAUGAACUUGAUUAUUUUGCCCUUGGAUUUCUAGGAAGCUUGCAACGGCAGACUGAAUUGGGUUCUUCCAGGUUACUUUCAUAUAUUAAGGUCUCUACUAGCGGGGACCACAGGCUAAGUCCUGGAAGGGAAGAAGGCAGCACUCAGAAUCACUUUCUAAUUGUCAUGUUCAUAGUUACUCCAAUUUUAUUAGUUGUUGCUAGUUUACUAUGUUUUAAACUCUGGUACAGCCGAAAAAAUAAAGGAGCGGUGGGACCUGUUCAUGAUGUCUUGGAAAGGGAUAAUGUCUCCUCUCAGAAUUCCCUAGAAGAGGAAGAUUUCCUGUAG